CCCCUGCCUCUGCUGCUGCCGGCCUGCCUGGCGGUGGGGGCCGCCCCUGUGCCCACCACGCCCAUCGACAUCCAAGUGCAGGAGAACUUCGAGGUCUCUCGGAUCUUCGGGAAGUGGUUCAAUGUGGCCAUCGGCUCCACCUGCCCAUGGCUGAAGAGGAUCUUCCGAGACAAAAUGGCUGUGAGCACGCUGGUGCUAGGAGAGAGUGCCACGGAGGCGGAGAUCAGCAUGACCAGCACUCGCUGGCGGAAAGGUGUGUGCGAGGAGAUCUCUGGGGCAUACGAGAAAACAGAUACUGAUGGGAAGUUCCUCUACCGCAAGCCCAAAUGGAACAUGACCAUGGAGUCCUAUGUGGUCCACACCAACUAUGAUGAAUAUGCCAUUUUUCUGACCAAGAAAACCAGCCGCCGCCAUGGCCCCACCAUUACGGCCAAGCUCUAUGGGCGGAAGCCACAGCUGAGGGACAGCCUCCUGCAGGAGUUCAGGGAGCUGGCUCUGGGUGUGGGCAUCUCCGCCGACUCCAUCUUCACAUUGGCCGACAAAGGCGAAUGUGUCCCCGGGGAGCAGGAACCUGAAUACACCCCACUGUCGAGAGCUCGGCGGGAUGUGCUACCACCAGAAGAUGAAGGCUCAGGAGCCGGGCAACAAGUGAUUGACUUCAAGAAAGAAGAUUCAUGCCAACUGGCCCACGCAGAAGGGCCCUGCCUGGGGCUUGUGACCAGGUAUUUCUACAAUGGCUCGUCCAUGGCUUGUGAGACCUUCCAAUAUGGCGGCUGCCUGGGCAACGGCAAUAACUUUGCCUCGGAGAAGGAGUGUUUGCAGACCUGCCGAACUGUGGCGGCCUGCAAUCUCCCCAUCGUCCGUGGGCCCUGCCAAAAGUCCGUCGAGCUCUGGGCAUAUGAUGCUGUCCAGGGGAAGUGUGUCCUCUUCACCUACGGCGGCUGCCAAGGCAACGGGAACAAGUUCUACUCAGAGAAGGAGUGCAAGGAGUACUGUGGUGUCCCUGGCGAUGGGGAUGAGGAUCUGCUACGUCUCUCCAAAUGAUGCUCAACCGGUCUGCAAGCCAGAGGGCAGCCAGUGUCAGCCCCGUGUCCAGCAACCUGGGUCCAAAUAAAACCAAAUCGUGAACUGAGA